AAUUCAGCCUCUUCCGAAUCUGGUUCACAACUUCCUAGCUCUCUCGUUCUCCCAUCCAAGCGAUCAAUCCUUCACUUGAUCAUUGCAUGAGCUUCACCGACUGACCUUCUUCUCUCACAAACCGCCAAGAUGGGCACCGGCAGCGUGCUCGCGAAAUCCGCGCUCAAGUGGCUCGCCAUCGCGGCGACCGUGGCUCUCGCGUCUGUCGCCACGUUCCACGCGGUCGACAACUUCUACGUCAUCCGCCACCCGCCCGUCUGCGCCACUUCCUCAACCAGAGACGUCUGCGUCUCGGAGUACCGCGUCGCGCGCCGCUCUCUGGGCGCGGUCCCCGCGUCGAGCCAGCAGGUGACGGCGGCGAUGAUCGAGUCGGCGCGCGCAAAGGUGGCGGCGGGACUGGCGCUGGUGCAGGAAAUCCGCACGGCCAACGGCGGGCAGAACGCGCAGGUUGACGCCGUCAGCGACGACUGCUCCAGUCAGGUGAGCGCGGCCUUGGCGCAGCUGGAGAAGUCGUCCGCGGCGAUCGGUGGCGGCAGCAACGUGCUUGACCUACCCUACUGGCUGCAGACGGCGCAGACGCAGCUCGCCAACUGCCUCGCGGGCUACCGCGAAAUGGCGCCUUCCGCGCUCUCCACGCCCACCGGCGUGUACCUCGAGGCGGAGACCACCAAGACCAAGUCAACGCUCGUCGCCGCCAUCGACUUGACGUCGCAAGCCGCCGCUUCGGCGCGCGCAUCCCGCGGGCGGCAGGCGUUGGAGAAUGGCGCGGAAGGGGGGCAUCCGGAGUGGCUGGAGGCGGGGCUGUACGAGCAGCUGAAGGAGCUGCAGGCGCACAUGCAGGGGGACCACGACGGCGCGCAGGGAUGGGCGGGGAAGCGCCGCGGACUGCUCGGUCUCCCCGCGCCCGCGGAGAUCCACCGGCGGGAGCUGGCGGGCGGACACCCCCCCGGCGUUGGCGGACACGCAAAUCUCUGGGAGAACGGGCGGAAGAAGGGCGGGCGUAAGGGCGGGCGGAAGAAUGGCGGGCGGAAGGAAGGCGGACAUCCCCCCGGCGUGGGUGGGCACAAGCAGCUCUGGAAAAACGGGAAGAAGCGCGGGGGGAACCACUCCCCGGGCAUUGGCGGGCACGCGCAUCUGUGGCGGAAUGGGAAGAAGGUCAACCACCCCAAGGGCGUCGGGCAUCACCCGGGGAAGGGGCGGAACCGCAAGGGUAACGGCGGCGGAAGCAGCAGCAGCGGGAGCAACGGCGGCGGCGGCAGCGGUGGAGUAACCGGCGGGUCGUACUCCCCGAGCCUGAAGCCCGACGCGGUGGUGGGCAGCGGCGGGCAGUACUCGAGCAUCAAGGACGCGGUGAGCGCCGCUCCGAAGAAGGGCCGCUUCGUGAUCUACAUCAAGGCGGGGACGUACGACGAGGUGGUGCAGUUCGACAACGAGGGAAUCAUUUUCGUGGGUGACGGGUCGGACAAGACCAUCAUCACGGGCAGCAAAAGCAUGGGCGGCGGGUCGACGACGUACAAGUCGGCGACGAUUGGGGCGAAUAGAGAUAACUUCGUGGCGCUGGGAGUGAAGUUCGUGAACACGGCGGGGCGGGCGAACGAGCAGGCGGUGUCGAUGCGGGCGAGUGGGGAUGCUUCUGCCUUUUUUGAAUGCGCGUUCGAAGGCUUCCAGGACACGCUGUACGUGGACUCCGGGCGGCAGUACUACAAAAACUGCUAUGUGGGCGGCACCAUCGACUUCAUCUUCGGCGACGCGGCGGUGGUGCUGGACAACAUCGACAUCCGCCUGCACACGAGCCACUCCUUCGUCACCAUCACCGCGUCUGGCCGCGAGACCGCCGGGCCCACGGGGAUCGUCAUCCGCGACUCGCGGAUUUCCGCGGACCCCGGUGUUACGGACGUGUACCUGGGCCGGCCGUGGCGGAGCUGCGCGCGAGUGGUGUACGUCAACACCAACAUGCCCCCGGAGCUCAACUCGGACGGGUGGAGCACGUGGGGCGGCGAGACGUGGGGCAGCUGUGUGUACUAUGCAGAGAAGGGCAGCACGGGACCUGGCGCUCGCACCUCGCGGGCGUCCUGGGUGCACCCGGGCAUCAUCUCAGAUGCCUCCCAGUUUGAUCCUGAGCCGUUUGUUGAUCUGAGCUCCUGGCUAGACGUGGCAGGGCAGAAUCCCAAGUGGUGAUGGGCAUAGAUGAUUGCCAUGGGAAUUGUCAGCUCCUGGUGGGUAGUAUUGAGCCUGGGUUAGGAUUGAAAUUCCAAGUCGUUAUUGAUGUGGCUAUUAUAGAUUUGUUUUCCUUCUGUCAAAUGGGAAUAAGUAUGUAGUUUGUUACAUACAAUUUACACAAGCGUGUAGAAUCAUGGUUGUGCAUCACUUUU